AUGAAUGAACAACAAAACAACAAUGUUCAUUCAUUAUCUGAUUCUAGUGUUCUUAUUAAUCAAAAGUCCUUUGAUGAUGAAACGUCUAGUACUAAGAAUUUGAGUUUCUCAACUCAGCAAAAACAAGGUUCUCGAACGCACACUUUGCAUAUGCGUUCCCCGCUAUUAAAAAGUACUAGAGUAGAUUCCACUUCUGACAUUAUCGAGGACAAGAAUGUAGAGAGCGUAAUGAUAAUAGACCAAAGAGAGAAAAAAGAAGAGGGUGAAGAAGAGGGUGAAGAAGAAGAAGAAGAGGAGGAGGAGGAGGGGGAGGAGGGGGAGGAGGGAUUAGAGGAGGGGGAACUUCAAAUGGAAGAUUUGGCUCCUCCCUUGCUUGCAACAUCACCCAACUUUGGCUUUGGUAUAACCAUGACAAAAGGUAGACGUCAGAAUAGAACUGCAGCAGAACAUGCCUUAUUAAAUAAAUUUGAAAGUGAGGUAAUGGCGAAUGCAGACGCAGUGAGAACGUUGAAUAAACUAAAGCUUAAAACUAAGGACAAGUACUUGUACCAAAUAAGGAGAUAUAUUAGGUUUUGUGCAAAUAAAGGUCUUAAUGAAUUUUAUGUAACUUUACCUAUCGCCCAAGAACUAAUUGAAUACGAGUUUAAAAAACGAGAGGGGAACAUUUUAAGUGAAAACACAAUUAAAAGUAUAAGAUCUCCAUUAAACAAAUUAUAUGCAAUGAAUAAAAUUGUAUAUCCUUCACAACAACCGGAAGCUUAUCUUGAUGAUCAAUUUAUUAAGGACAUUAUGGCCAAACAACAAAACUCCCUAUUACAAGCACAGCGGCAAUCACAAAUGACAGGAGAAGAGAACAAUAAUGAGGCCAAUAUUUCAACUCCUACAACUUUAGGUGGUAGUGCAAGCCUACUCAGCUUACUCAACAACGCAAACACCGUACUUUCUCGCUCAGAGCCAGUUUCGGCAAUAAUUUCAACAGAUACAUCAGUAUCACCACCAAAACAAUUAAACUCUGAAUUUGAAAAAAAUAUGGUCUACCCCAUCGGCAUCACGGCCAACUUACCAAUUACUUCAAGUGUAGACGAGAAGCAGGCAAAAACUUCUUCCUCCUCCUCAUCGAGUAUAUUCAAUCUAGGUACGAGAUUUUUCCGUUUAAGCGAAAGUUCAAAACAUAGAUUAACUGAAAAUGAAAGCCUAUUGUUACGUAAAUUUGAUGAUGAAGUUUUGGAAAGUCACAAGACCCGGGACAUAUUGAUGAAUUUAACUGAAAACACGUUCAAGUCGUAUGCCACUGAUAUUAAACGGUUUAUUCGAUUUUGCGCAAGAAAGGGUAAAAGCGAUUUUCUAAUUGACGAUCAAAUAUUAACCCGGUUCUUAGUAUUUGAGAGCAGUAAGAAUAAGAAAAACAAGUUGAAGAACAUAAGAACCAGUUUGUUGAAACUACAUCAAUUGAAUUGUCUUGCUUAUGAUUUAGAUUUUUCUGAGGGAAAUAUUGUUUUGGUGAUGAACAAAUUUUUGGACAGCAACAAUAAUCGUGAUAUACCAUCUGAGACACAGCUGCAGCUCAAAAAACAAGAGCAUUUCAUCCCAGAUUAUGAAGAUUCCGACGACGAUAAGCUAGUAGCGAGUUUAAAAAACUUGUACCAAACGUCAAAUGUCUUAAGCGGCUUGUCUGAAACAAGUAAGAAAUUGUACUCUAACGAGUUUAACCGCUAUGCGUUAUUUUGUUCCAAAAUUGGAUUGCAACAUUUUCAUUUAUCUGGCGAGUUAAUUAAGCGGUUCUUUAUUGAGGAUGUCAUAGCAAGAACUCCGACAAUCACAUGUAAGAAAUUACAGGAGAUUUUGAGUAGACUAAACCGGUUACAUGCGUUGAAUGUUGAUUUGAAGUUGACUCAAUCUGAUACCAUUGAAAAUAUCGAUAUUGUAAAGACUUUUUUGAAAGAAUACAAUAAUGAUAAUAAUAACCAUAAGAAUCAAUUGUUAUCCGACACUACUACUGCCGUUACCACUAGUACCACCAACACUGGCAGUCCUGUAACUACCGUCCAUACUGCCACUGCAAAUACUACAGCAGGUGCUGCUGCGGCAACAGUUAUUACAACAAGUAAUCAAGAGAUUACAAGUAGCGGAAAAACAAGUAGUUCUAGCACAAAUGGUAACGGAGCAGACACACUUUCAGCAGCUUCACUAUCGGGAUCUUCGUCAACAGGAACUAGAUUGCCACACUUGUAUUUUACUAAUGAUGCAACUGGCGGUGCCAUUGAAGCGGGCCUGCUGUCCUCGGAACAAACAAGUAGUAGUGGAGAGUUAAACACCGCGACAACUACAAAUACAACUGCCAAAACCCACUCUAUUCACAUCACAUUGCAACAACAAAACAAAAAGCUAAAAACUAUUAAAAAUGAGUUGAUGUUGAAAGAGAUUGAACCAAACAAUAGAAAUGUAGAUUGUGACAAAGCUCAAUCGAGUGUAGCCACAAAGCCCAUUAUGGAGAAUAAUAAUGAUGAUAACAAGGAAGAAGAGGAAGAGGAAGAAGAGGAAGAAGAAGAAGAUGAUGAUGAUAGUGAUGAUGAUGCUGAUGACGACGACGACGAUGAAGAUGAUGUUGUUUAUACUCAUCCUAAGUCUAUGCUUAGACAAGUGAUAGAGAGUGUAGAGCAGAACGAGAGUAAUGAAAAGCAUAGCAAAGAGUCAGUAAUCCGGGAUGAUGGUAGCAGAAGUGAUGAAGCUGGUCAAGGAGGUAAUAUUGACAGCAGUAAUCGCUUACCAGAAGCAAAUGAGUCAAUUCCAAAAUUUUUCGCAAACUGCCAUAUUGCAUCCAUAACUCAGCUUGUAGAAGAAUGGACACUAAUCAUAAGGUGCAAACGAAAAUAUAUCCUUGGAUGGAUUAAAAGUAUGAAUGAUACUCAAAUCUAUAGUAAACGAAAAUUAAUCAUGGACUUGAUCGAGGAGUUGCUACCAAUCAUAAAUGAAAAAUAUGCAGGGUUAAAUCUCGAUAUAGUGAAUUACAAUGGAAGUGGUGACGAAGUUGACGAUAUUUUUGAAGUUGCAAAGAUAUUUGAUCAAUACCUUGAGAGGAAGAAAAUGACAUUUAAGGACUUUGCAAGGAAAAUUGAAACGUAUCCUGUUUAUACCAAGAGGGAGUUCCUUAGAAUACUAACACGAAGAAAAAGCAACUUCACUAAGGAGUAG